AUGCCAGGAGACAUGUCAGGGGACAUGACAGGGGACAUGACAGGGGACAUGUCAGGAGACAUGCCAGGGGACAUGUCAGGGGACAUGACAGGGGACAUGACAGGGGACAUGACAGGGGACAUGACAGGGGACAUGUCAGGGGACAUGACAGGAGACAUGUCAGGGGACAUGUCAGGGGACAUGCCAGGGGACAUGUCAGGGGACAUGCCAGGGGACAUGUCAGGGGACAUGACAGGGGACAUGACAGGGGGCAUGACAGGGGACAUGACAGGGGACAUGUCAGGAGACAUGUCAGGGGACAUGCCAGGGGACAUGUCAGGGGACAUGUCAGGGGACAUGACAGGGGACAUGUCAGGGGACAUGUCAGGAGACAUGUCAGGGGACAUGCCAGGGGACAUGUCAGGGGACAUGCCAGGUGACAUGUCAGGGGACAUGACAGGGAACAUGUCAGGGGACAUGACAGGGGACAUGCCAGAGAAGUGCGAUGACCCACACAAGUAA